AUGGGCGGUCUACAUUCUUCGAAGGUCGAAGAGGUCUGGAAGAGCGACGCUCGACAUGCCAUGGAGGCAGGAACCUUUUGCGUCGUAUGUGGCGGCCCGUUCGAUAUCGAAGGCGAUGUAUACAACAUCGAUCCCAAAGACAUCCGGUUUCAGUGGUUGAACAACCUUCGUCUACUUGGUAGCAUGGCCGACGUGGCCGAACACAUGGUAGCCAGCGAGGGGUCGAUGUAA